AUGCUCUUCAAGUCGCUCCUCGCCGCUGCCCUCCUCUCGACCUCGGCGCUGGCCCUCGCCGCGCCCGACGCCCCGGCCGAGCGCCUCGUCGCCGCGCACGCGCUUGAGGCGCGCGACGCCGCCCCCGCCCCCGAGGCCGAUGUCGCUGCCGAGGCGCUCGCCGACGCGCACGUCCUCGAGCGCGACAACGCGCCCGACGUCAUCAAGCGCCAGUCGAGCUCGUACGGCUGCGACCCCGGAUACGUCCAGUGCCCCAACGACUCGAUCCACUGCGCCAAGAUCGGCUACAUCUGCUGCCCUGGCACCAUCUACUCGUGCCCCGCUGGCACUACCUGCACUGGCGGCCUCACCUGCAAGCGCGGCGGCGGCUCCAACGCCGACAUCAUGGGCAUCCCCGCCGCCAUGGCCUUCGCUGCCGGCGCCGCCGCGUACCUCCUGUAG